GUUUAGAUGUAGAUCAGCUGGGACAAUAACAACAAUAACAGCCGAGAACUGGGUCGGGACAGCGCUUUUGUAAAUGGACCGCGCCCGGCGUGAGCUGCCAAAGGACCAGCGGCUGUUGUUUUAAAGGAUGCGUUUGUUCCACCGCUUUAUUUCCUUACAUUUCCAGUGUGUCAGACUGCUUCCUGCGUGCCCCAACAAAACGAGGGGGUAGUAGAAUUGCGGCUAAUAACUUAGCUUGCAUGCUAAUCUGCCCUAUAUUUUCAUAUUCAACGGUAUCUAUGUAUACUCCGCUAAACUACCUGUCCAGUUAUUACAUAUUUUCUCGAAGACGCUUUUGAGUUAUGGUGAUGCAUUUUGCGUUGUUAGAUAUUUUAUUUCGAUAGCUCACUCCUGUAAUGCUGCUAUAAAGUUUCAAUAGCCAUUAAACUAACCCCAGUCUUAGGUGUAAUGAGAAAUAUAGUUUGUUUAGCCUUAAAUAGCUAGUUUACCGGGAUCGCCAGGUUGUGUGUUAACUUGUUUCAGUCUUUGUUGUUAGGACAUAAGCUAGCUCGUUAGCAGGGUUUUUAGCUGUGUUAAGGGCAGUGUGGCCAGGCCUCGCGGCUCUACUGUACUGACAAGAGAGAUGAAAACAAAAGAUUAGCCUGAUCCCUGGCUAGCUUGCUAACCUCCAGCGUUUAUUAGUGCCACGGCCUUUUCGCGACUCUCUUCGAUAGCAUAUCGGCGGCGGAGCCUCAAGGCUUAACGUUGGUAUGAAUUUAGAAAUAUUAUUGCUAUAACAUCCUGUCUUGCUGUUUCACCACCAGCCUAUAAUUGUGUUCAUCAGUUAGCUUCCAAUAGGUUAUGAUUUAUGUUUAGUAAUAUUGAUUUUAUUGAUUUAUUUGUAGUAGCUUGUUUAUAAACAAUAAGAUGGACAAUAAAGAAAGAGGAACUUUUCAAAGAACUGUUUAAGCUGCCUAUAAACACCAGCAAGCAAAGUUUUAGAAGGUUUCACCAUUGUUCCUUAAAUUCUGUAGAGCAUAGCAAAUCCAAUUGGCUGUUGGGACUCUGUCAAACUGCAGCAUCUAAGUUUGUGACCUCUCAGCAACCCCGUAGUCCAGUCAGUGAAGGGGUACUCAGUGACACUGCAAUGUCAGAGACACUGAUAACAGGGCAGACAUCGGAGGAUCUGUUGGCUGACUUUGAGACGUUGCUGAACUCUGGUAGUAUUGAGCUAGGCGAGGACCAUCAGAUAGUGAUCAUCACCAGCCCCAGCAAUGAGGGACUCCACCCGGCCACUGCACCCACCAGCACAGGGGAAAUCCUGCUGUUUGCCACACCACAGGGCCCUGCUGAUGUGGGGACCCAGGACAAGAGACGACCGGCUCUUGGAAGACCUCCGGUAAAGAGGAAGUUGGACCUGGAUAGUGACCAUCAAUAUGUCAGCACUGUUCGACCGUCCAUGGGCCAAGCACCACCCUCCACACCUGCCCCUCCCAGAGUUCCUCGAACCACGACGGAGAAGUCACGCUAUGACACGUCCUUGAACCUGACCACCAAGCGCUUUCUGAACCUGUUGUCCCAGUCAGCUGACGGCGUGGUGGAUCUCAACUGGGCCUCGCAGGUCCUGGAUGUCCAGAAGAGACGCAUCUACGACAUAACCAAUGUCCUGGAGGGAAUCCAGCUCAUCUCCAAGAAGUCAAAGAACAACAUCCAAUGGCUUGGUAAUCGUGUUGAUGCAGCAUUGGUUUCCCGCCAUAAGGAGUUGCAGAGGGAGGUAUGUGACCUCACAGAGACUGAGGAGCAGCUGGACGAACUCAUUUCCAAAUGCAGCCUACAGCUCCGACUGCUCACAGAGGACCCACAGAACAAUAAGUUGGGCUAUGUGCGCUGCCAGGACUUACGGAAGUCAUUUGAUUCCCCGGACCAGCUGGUCAUGGUGAUCAGAGCUCCACCAGAGACCCAGAUGCAAGUUUCAGAACCCAGCAAGGGUUACCAGGUGUCACUGAAGAGCACACGUGGUCCAAUCGAUGUCUUCCUCUGUCCAGAAGACAGCGCUGGGAUCUGCAGCAAAGUGACAGGAAGUAGUCCCUCAAAACCCAAGUCUGACCCCUCUCCGGUCCCGUCUCCUACACAACCCACAGACCAAUCACAAGCCAGAACAUUCACAACUGCUGUGGAAGUGGGUUUAUCACCACCAGCGUCCACGUCAUCCACAGUGACAGCAGCCUCUCAGCAGGACCCCUCGUCACUAGCGUUAGAAGGUGACACAGAAGCUUUCCUGGGAGGUGACCCGUUCCCCAGCCUUGGAGACAUGCCUGAUUUUGACCUCUCACCCCUCUCAUCCUCGGACUUUCUGAAUGGAGACGGCCUGUCCCUUCCAUUGGACGGUUUCAUCAACCUGUCCCCCCCUCACAGUCAUGACUACCACUUUGGACUGGAGGACCAUGAAGGCAUCAGUGAACUGUUUGAUUGUGACUUUGGUGACCUAUCACAAGUUUUGGGGGACAGUUAGAUGAAAAAGAAGACGAGGAGCAUGUGGGCUUCUAGAUUUAAGACUUUUCCUCUGUUGCCUGGGGCUUCCUGAACAUUUUAUGGACAAAUCUUUGUCAAAAACCCAGACUGAUGUGUUAGUUGUGAGCUGUGGGAAAGUGUUUUGUUUAGAAAUUGCCCGUGACCCCUAAAAUACCACCCCAACUACAAAAAAUUCCCCAAAUUGUACAGCACAUUACUAGCACUUCUCGUUGGCCAUUUAAAUAUUUUAGACCAAUUUAGCUUUAGUAUAGCUAUUUAAAUUAUUUAUAUAAAUUUUAUGUUGAUAUUUUGUACCAGGUGAGGUUUCUGUUGUUGAUAAUGUUUUAUUCAAGAGGAUUGUGCAGGUGUUUGCGUGUAGAGUAUGGACUCAUAGGGCUGGUUUCCUUAAAGGUGAUUAGAUUAUUACAUGCUGCAUCUCAUAAGGCUGGUUUCUUAAAUGGCCUAGUCUGAAGUAUUUUCUCCAAAGGGGAAAACUUUGCAUCCCGCAGCUGUAGGCUGAAGCUGCUUUAAUCUAACCAGCAUUAGGAGUGCAGAUUCAGUGAUGGGCUGACCAAAAGCAUGGAUCUAUGGUGCAGUUUCAAAUGAGCACAAAAGAAAGGCUUCUUCAUUAAUGAUUAGUUUUGUCUAAAGCACUGGAAUCUUGAAAGACUGGUUUGACAUUCAAAGUAUCAUUGCCCCAACUUAAUGACUAGAUUGUGCUACAGUAUCCCACAGUGGAUUAACAAGAGUUUGUAAUAAAUAGCUUAAGACCAACAGAUGGGCUGUCUUUACAGGGCUGUUCAUAUGUAUGUGAAAAAUGAACACACAAACAAAAAGAGGUAAGAUGCUUUUGGGGAGCCUCCAUAUUAUGAUAAAUAAUGUGGUUUUGAAAAAUCAAUUAGCAAUUAAAAUCUGAAAGGUUAAGAUGUGUUUUGUUGGUGUCCAGGAAACCAGGUGAUAAUAGUCUGCUGCGAGUAAAAACUAAUCUCUCUAGUCUCUAUUAGGUUGAUGGGCAUUUAGCCAUAGUCUCAGGUGUUGGGAGCAGAACAAAGUCUUAAAUCAAUUUUAUGAUGCAAAGAUGUAUGAGAGUGUAACUUCAGAUCCUUUUCAUGGGUGUUGUGUAGGUUGUUAAUAGGUUUUUACAGGUUUAGAAAAAAAGAUAUUUUGGCUUCAGGGAGGGAUUAAGUGGAAGUGAUGGACUCUUGAUAGGAAUUCAAAACAGGGACAUCCUGUUACUCCUCGGUAUGCACUUCAAAUCAGUUCAGAAAGUUUUUCUUCAUACCUUUUAAAAUCAGUGACCCCUCUACCAGUGAAGGGAGUUACCUGGGAUUUCUUAUCUUAGCCCCAAAAGGAUCGAUUCCUUUUUGUUUUUCUAUGAUAGUCACAUCAGGCUCCAUCUUCACGUACUACCACAUGCUGUGGUUCUAUAAAAACAACAUAGAUUUUCAGUUGAAAUAAGCAGCAAUAACAAAGAUGUUUUUACAUCAUGUACUCAGAGUUUGGGAUGAAAUCUUGUCCUGCGUCAUGUAUUGUUGUUCUUAGAAAUGUCUGCAUCAAACAUUUUUUCUUGUUCUAAGUUAUGUAAGCUAACAUGUUUUUUGCAUUCCUGACAUAUUGGGUUUUAAUGUAUGCGGGUGCAUGUGUGUAGAAAAUACAAAUUGUUGUGUUGAAUUUCAUAUUUAUUUAAAAUCUCAUUGAAAAAAAAAUGGUACACAAUAUUUCAUUAAUUUUCAGCCAGGAACCAGCUUUACACCAAUAGUUUUACUUGGUAACUCCAAGUAAACCAGUGUGUGCUGUAGUGGUGAAAGAAGUAUUUGUACUUGCAAGAGGCUUGUAAAUUAGCUUCUCAUUAGUAGCACCUUUUAUAUUUUACCAUGCCACCGAUAGAGAAUAUAUUGCCCUGUCUUACAUGUUGUGCAUGUGCAACCUUUGCAUUGGCUAAUGAUGCAAAAAAAAAUUUCAGGAAUAUGGUAUAUUUGUCAUUUUGACUGAACUGACUAAUGUGUGACUUAAUUCUUUGUACCUUGUUUAAUCACAGUCUUCUCUGUCACAUCAGUUUGGUUUAAAGAGAUCUUCAUGUUGCAGGCAACAUUGCUAAUCUAAGGUUGUACAUGUAAUCUAGUGUAGCCUUUGGGUGCCUCAAACUGUCAUGUGAAUGUGUGAAAACCUUAUAACUACAGUCAUGUUUUGUUUUCUUAAAUGUUUAUCUUCAGUUCUGUGGAAACCUUAAAAUCCAGUGUAUAAUUUCGAAAUCAUCUGAAAAGUUUUCAACUGAUGGCAGCGAUAUGAGCCCCUAAAAUGUUGGGCUUGUUUUAUAAACCUUUUAUCCCUUGAAUGUAUCAUAUUUUUUGUCUGUCUUGGCCUUUAAACUCAGCUGAACUGAUCAACAUUGUUUUGCAGAAUGCGAGCAGUUCAUGUUGUCAACCUUUGUGAAAGUUGUGUCAUGUUGUGGUUCUCUGCAGGACAAAUGCAGUGCCUUGUUGAGGUAGGAGAUUUUUUGUGUAUGGUCAUGGUGAAAGAAUACAAUGUUUUCAGGUGUUUUGUAUGGUUUUUGUGAAGUUUUGUUUGAAAGAAAUUCAAGAUAAUAUUUGCACCAGGGUUGAAAUCAAAUCACCUUCAGUUAAAAUUUAAAAAGAUACUUCUGUGUAAGUGUCUUUGGGAAUUGUAGGAAUCAAAGCAUGUAUAGCAAGACAAGCGGGAUUUUGUGAAUGAAUGAAUCAGUGCUGUAUGAAUCCAAGCUAUACACUAUGAAUAUCUAUAUGGUGUUUAUACUAAGGUGUCUCUUCAUGUGUUGAAGUCACUGUUGGAUGCAAAAAAGGUUUACAAGCGCAAUCUGCUUACAAAUGCCAUGAAAUUGUUGUGGUUUAACAGAAUGAAAGUGAAUUGACACCAACCCUGAUAUAGUCACCGUUCAAAGUGCUUUUACGGGAAACUUAUCCAGCAACUUAACUCAAUCCCAAUUAUUCUGUGUUUCGUUUUACAAAUUAUAUUUUUGUUGCUACAUACUGGAUUAAAAAAAUACAGGUUCAUACUUAUACACCCUUUUGUAUCAAAUUUCUUUGACAAAAAUAAAAAGUAACUAUUUUGAUUUGA